GCUAUUCUCGAGAAAAAUCUUUCAAAUUUCCGAACUUUAAUAAUACAAGUUUGUUUCUUUUUUUUCUCUCUUGAAAUCGAUAGGAAAGCUUGUAGUCUCUAACUACUUGAUCUAUCCUCACUCUAAUAUUACAACGCUUUUUUUUCUUCAAAAAAAAAUAAAAAAUAAAAAAACUCCGUAUUACAACGCUUUUUUGAAGAGAAAAGAAGAGAAUUGAAUUUUGCAUAUUUUUGGGUCUGCCUACUCGUGGCUGCCUCUCAACCCCGCCUUCCCAUCUCAUACUCACUCCCACCGUUGUUCGUCUUCCUUCACCGGAAAAAAAAAAAGAUAUUUUACCAUACCAAUUGGUUUGAGAUUUAUGUUAUUAUAAAGAAAGAUGGUCCUCCAGUCAACAUGAUGAUAUAGGAAUACCGCCAGACAAGAUUCUUGCCAUAUGCAUUAUACUUUAAGCACUAAAAGGCACAAACAUAUUCCAUGAGUUCAACAAUGAGAGACAUGAGUAGGGUCGCUGAGGGAUUAUCAUUAGUAGCCAGGGAGGUUGUGAGACGUUCAGGAGCAAGCGAUGGUUCAAGAGAUGCACUACAAUCUUUCAUUAAGAAAUCUGCAAGCAUAUUUGGCCUUACAAGAGGAAAGGUACAGGUUCACCAACGUGAACCGUUAGCAAGUAAGCCAAAGUCUUCUAAGAAAGCCGGAGACUCUAUUGUUUAUUUUGAUAGUGGUGCUGUCUCUACUACUGGAAAUAGUUCUGCCUUCAGGGAAGAGGUCAUUUCAAGUUCAGAGAUUGCUUCUACUGGUGAUUCGAUUGCUGCUUCUUCGUCUGAACAAUUUGUUUCAUCUCCAGCAUCAGAGUCAGUGAAUCAGCCUGAUUUCAAUGCACAUGUAGGAGCCAAAUCUGCGGCUGGUCAAUUGAUGGGUGUGGGGGAAGGUCAAACCGCCGACACUCCCAUCUCUGCCUCCAGCACUACCAUCCCUUUGAAGAGGCGGAAGCCUAGGGAAAGAAAAGUGCCUGCUACACCCUUCUCCAGGGCUCUUGGGUUUGCUAGUCUAGGAGCUGGUCUUGCCUGGGGAAGUGUCCAAGAAUCUGCCAAGACGUUAUUUUUAGGAAGGCCUGAUUCACCGGAUAACCAGUCUCCUUCUUCAUUUUUAUCUGAAAAAAAUGCAGAACGGUUAGCACUUGCUCUUUGUAGAAUGCGCGGGGCAGCACUGAAGAUAGGGCAGAUGUUGAGUAUACAAGAUGAAUCUCUUGUACCUGCUCCGAUCUUGGCUGCUUUGGAGAUAGUCCGUCAAGGCGCUGACGUGAUGCCAAGGAGCCAAAUUAAUCAAGUCUUGGAUGCUGAAUUAGGGCCUCAGUGGUCUUCAAAGUUGAGGAGUUUUAACUAUGAACCCAUGGCAUCUGCAAGUAUUGGUCAGGUUCACCAAGCUGUCACACAUGAUGGUAUGGAGGUAGCAAUGAAAAUACAGUACCCAGGAGUAGCAGAUAGCAUUGAAAGUGACAUCAAGAAUGUGAAAUUGCUGUUGGAUUAUACAAACCUGAUUCCUAAGGGACUUUAUCUUGACCAAGCUAUGAAGGUUGCGAGAGAAGAGUUAUCACGUGAAUGUGACUAUGUGCUGGAAGCCAAUAACCAAAAACUAUUUCGGAAUCUUCUCUCUGAAAAACAGGGGUUUUAUGUGCCCUUGGUUGUAGAUGAGUUAUCGAGUAAAAGAGUCUUGACAACCGAGCUUAUCCACGGAAUUCCCAUUGAUAAAGUGGCAUCACUGGAUCAGGAGACUCGUAAUGAUGUUGGGAAGAAGUUGUUGGACCUGACUCUGAUGGAGUUGUUUGUCUUUCGUUUCAUGCAGACUGACCCAAAUUGGGGCAACUUUUUGUACAAUGAAGCAACAAGAGUGAUCAAUUUGAUUGACUUUGGAGCUGCACGACAUUAUCCGAAGGCCUUUGUAGAUGAUUAUUUAAGAAUGGUGGUUGCUUGUGCAAAUUGCGAUAGAGAUGCUGUGAUAGAGAUGUCUCGCAGACUUGGCUUCCUUACAGGGGAGGAAUCAGAUAUAAUGUUGGAUGCUCAUGUUCAGGCGGGUUUUGUUGUUGGCCUGCCUUUUUCAAGACCCGGUGGUUAUGAUUUUCGUUCCACCAAUGUUACACACAGCCUCUCAAAUCUAGGGGCAACCAUGCUUAAACACAGAUUGUCGGCUCCGCCUGAUGAGGCUUACAGUCUUCACCGUAAACUUUCUGGUGCAUUUUUGGCUAACAUCAAGCUAGGCGCUGUUGUACCUUGCAGAGAAAUGCUGUUGGAAAUAUAUGAGCAUUACAAUUUUGGAGAAGAUAGUGAUCAGAUAUCUAGUGGAUCAGUUUAGUGAAGGAAAUAUCUAGUAUAUCUAUCAUUUAUUUAAUUAUUGAUUGGUAUACAUAAUAAUUCAAGGAUGUAAUUGUGCAUCCUUCAACUGUACAGAUUCUUUUUCGUUUUCCCCAAUUUUGGACAAUUUUGCAUUGGUUAUACGAGGGAAUUAUAGCAUGUCUAUUUUUAUGGGGAAGGCUUCGUACAUUUUAGGGUGGAAAAUCGAGGCCUUGUCAUUUCUUACAUAUUAGAAGCAACUAGAUCGCUGGAACAUUAAUACACCCCAUCCUAAUUCAUACGAGAUAGCUGAUGAUGGGUCUUAAACUUUGUUCUUUAUGUUCUCAAAUAAUGUAAACUACUGUAGUAUUUGAGAAACUGGGGUGCUCCCAUGUAUAAGCUUUACAAUUAUCUAACUUUAUGUUGUAUUAUACAUUUGUUAUGUUUUUUUUGUUUCU